ACUUUUAUGAUUCAAAGCUUGAAGUUCUGCAUGCUAUGAGCCUUUUAUAUUAUGUCUUGUUUUAAGAGAUCUUUAGACAUUGUGAGGUCUCUAACUCUCCAACGCAAAUUAUGAGGACAUUUUGAGUAAUUUAUACAUAACGUACUUAUACGUGGCUGUUAUUCUGACUUCUAAGAGUAGGAGUAAAUUUCCUUUUAGAGUGUUUUUACUGAGCAGUGUCAUAUGUAUGGCCCCUGCACUUUUAAUUCCCACAUGGCUGUAGAAGGAUCUCUCGAUAUUUGGUAGCUGUGUGGUAUAGGAGGAGACCGGAAUUCUCAGUCCAGUGAACAAGUGUAUAAUAAACUAUGGUUUUCAGACUCUUCAGUUCUUAGCAGGCAGGAAUUUAUGUUGGUUUAAACCUCACCUGAGUCAUUUGCUCAGACUGGACUCUGCAGAAUUAUGUAGCCACCAUCGCAAAUAAUUUUAAUCUUGCUCACAAAUCUGCAGAAUGGCAGAUCCUGACAACAAACAUGGCAUAUUUUAGGUACAGGGUAUUAUUUUAAUGGCUUGUCAGCUAUGGCUGUCUAAUUCAGCCUCUCUAAUCUGUGGCUGUGCUCUCCUUCUAGACAUUCCACCACUAACUGAGGAGGGGUGAAGUGUUGACCUCUUUGGUGUGUGAGUGCCUCCUGCUUUUCGGGUGGGAAAAAUUUGGUGUCAGUGGCUCGGCCACGGGAAAUCCCCCAGUCCUAGCUUGUCCUGCCUGAAGGGACGGGCCCAAGAGGUCACCCAGGUGUUCAGCAUGGGGAACGAGGCGCAAGCUUUCAGUCUUGCCCAGUUGUCAGUCUUGUACGCUAUUUAGACCCAGGGCUGCCCAACUCUGUUCCUGGAGAUCUACCUUCCUGUAGGAUUUCACUCCAGCCUUAACAAAGCACACCUCAUUCAACAGCUAGAGCAGCUACAGAUUUCAUUGAGCUGCUAAUUAGUAGAACCAGGUGUGCCAAAUUAGGGUGUAAAUGAAAACCUACAGGAUGGUAGAUCUUCUGGAACAGGGCUGAGCAGCCCUUCUCUAGCUGUUGAAUGAGGUGUGGCUUUGUUAGGGUUGGAGUGAAAACCUACAGGAUGGUAGAUCUUCGGGAACAGGGUUGAGCAGCCCUGCUCUAGCUGUUGAAUGAGGUGUGCUUUGUUAGGUUUGAAGUGAAAACCUACAGGAAGACAGAUAUCCAGGAACAGGGUUGGGCAGCCCUGAUUUAGACUUUGAACUCCCUGUAAAAUGUAAACAGGGCAAGCUACCUGCUGCCAUAGAACAGUUAGCAAGACAAGGCUAAUGGUUAGCAUAGCUUUCAGACACUUUUUUUGCAUGAGGGAAUAAUGAGUCACAUUUUCAUUUUCAUUUUCAUUUUCAAAAUAUGCAUCACCAUAGUGUUAUUUUGUGCAGUAAGACCAGAAACAUGGGUAGCAUGAAGAACACACACUAUCCCUGUGCAUCAGAAAAUACACUUUUGUGACAGCUACAUCAUUAUAGUUGCAGUAAAACUGCUGUUGAUCCUAAUGAAUAGCCCCUAAACCUUGUCUCUUGUAAAAUAAAGUAAAAUAAAUAGUGCUAAAAUCAACAUAUUUUACCAGAAAUACGUGUGCACCUCCUCUCCCUCUCUCUCUCUCCCUCUCUCUAUUUACUCACCCCUGAACUAAUGUAUAUACCAAGGGAGGGAACGAGAACCUGUUCCUAUUUUACUAUAUUUUACUAUAUUUUAGCCGUUUACCGUUUUUGCUUAACCGAAGCGCUCACCGCACUCUUUACAGGAGCCUCUUGCUUUCCUUUCCUUUCCUUGCCUGUCCUUUCCUUUCCUUUCCUUUCCUCCCCUUUCCACGUAACGACCAGUGCGCUCGUGAUGAGGGACUACGACGAGAACACCUCCUUCCUGGGGGAGUGGGGCCCCUUUCAGCGGACCGUCUUCGUCCUGCUCAGCCUCAGCAGCAUUCCCAACGGCUACGGCGGGCUGUGCAUGGUGUUCCUGUCGGACACGCCGCGUCACCGCUGCAGCUUGCCGCACGUGAACCUGACCGGCUUCAAUCUGAGCCGGGCUCUGCCCGCGGAGCAUGUCGGCGGCCGGAUGGACUACAGUCGGUGCGCGCGCUACAAGAGGCUAAACGGCACAGAGGCGUUGUUCGCCAACGAAACUGAGGGAUGCGCGGACGGUUGGGACUACGACACGGAGCAGUACAUUUCCACGAUAACAACAGAGUGGAACCUCGUCUGUUCAGACGCCUGGAAAGUUCCGUUCAGCCUGUCCGUGUUUUUCAUGGGGGUCCUGACAGGCUCCAUCAUCUGUGGGCAGGUUGCAGACAGAUUCGGCAGGAAGUCCGUACUCUUCGUCAGCAUCGCGGCGCAGACCGUCUUCACUCUCCUGCAGGUGGCCUCUGUCACCUGGGAGAUGUUUGCCACCCUCUACUUCAUCACUGGAGUGGGACAGAUUUCCAAUUACAUCGCUGCUUUCAUUUUAGGUAACGAGGUGUUGGGGGAGUCCUACCGCUUGGCCUUCUCCACCGUGGGCAUGUGUGCGUUUUACGCGGUGGGCUACGCUGUUCUUCCUCUGUGCGCAUACUUCAUCCGCUCCUGGAGGACUCUCCUGCUCGUCCUCGCCCUGCCCGGAUUCCUCUACUUACCCCUCUGGUGGUUUAUUCCGGAGUCCCCACGGUGGCUGCUGUCCCAAGGUCGUCUGAAGGAGGCAGAGGACAUCGUCCGGGCUGCAGCCGAGAAAAAUGGCGUCAGACCUCCCGGGGUUAUAUUUCGGGAAGAGGAUUCCACUAAACUUUUGGAAAAUGGCUCUGAUCACCCUAAAACCUCAUACACAUACGUGGACCUGGUCAGGACCAGAAAGAUAAGGAAUAUAACCAUCCUCAACGUCAUCCUCUGGUUCAGUGUUACCGUUAGUUACUUUGGCCUGUCGCUGAGCACCCCCAACAUGAACGGCGACCCCUACCUAAACUGCCUUCUCUCGGCCGUCAUGGAGCUGGUCGCCUACACGGGGGCGUGGCUCCUGCUGAAGGUGGUCUCUCGCCGCCUCAUCAUCUCCGCCACGCUUCUGAUUGGAGGAGCCGCCCUGCUGCUCAUUCAGAUGGUUCCGGAAAAGUUCAGCAGCUUCACCAUCGGCAUGGCGAUGGUGGGGAAGCUCGGGGUGACCGCAGCGUUUUCGGUGUUGUACAUCUCGGCCAUGGAGCUGUACCCCACGGUAGUGCGAGGGAUGGGGGUGGGCGUCUGUUCCAUGACCUCAAAGAUCGGAAGCGUUCUCUCGCCCUUCCUGGCAUUCGUGGGUACAUAUAACAAGGCCCUCCCCUACAUAGUGAUGGGGCUCCUGACACUGGCGAUGGGACUGCUGAGUCUACUUCUGCCCGAAACACGGGGCAUUGCCCUGCCAGAGGACCUCUGCCAUGUACAGGCCAUUACCUGCUGCUGCUACAGCGGAAAGCCUUCUACAGAACUGGAGGGCUGCAAGAAAGACCAGCUCCAUGCAGAAGAAAAGAGCGUGUGAAUAUAAGAGUACAAUUAUUGCACUGCGUCUGAGGAAGGCUCAGUUUGUGUAUGGAGUGGUGGGGGAUGCUGGGUACAUUUUUUUGCUGUUAUAUCUUGUGUCCGUGUGAUGUUCUAUCCCAAUGAGGUCAUUGCCUUUCCUGUCUGCUACAGAUCUUGUAAGAGCACACGGAGGCGGUCUUGUGGGAUUUAAAGUUCAAUAAAGAACUUCCAUGAAAUCAUAAA